AUGCAUUUGGUGCGCCCACCUGCACUGACCUGUCGUCCUUCAAUCCCAGCAAUCUCGGGCAAAUUCAAGCGCUCGUCAUUUUUGCAUCCAACCGUCGGUCAGGACCGAGUGACUGGAGCUAUUGCUGUGGGAUUGCUUCAUUCUGCAAAAGGAUCCUGCAGGAACCCUCACAGUUCACCGCGUCGCAUUUCAGCAGCACUGAGCAUUAGCGGAGGGAUGGAGACGGCGUGUCAAGGCGAGGUGUUUCUGUACGAUGAGAUGUUGGGUUAUGCCGGCUUUGAGGCGCGCACUGGGGGCGUUCCAGAGGGUUCCAAAGCUGUCGUCUGCAUUGGAGGCUUGACCGACGGCUUGUUGAGUUUACGAUACCUGCCAGCAUUGGCUGCAGAACUGCAGCAGGUCGGUUGGCGAACUUUUCAACCAGUACUGCAAAGUAGCUACAGGGGCUGGGGUUUUGCCAGUCUUGACGAUGAUGUAUUGGGAAUCGACAAGUUUUUGUCCUUCCUGCGAUCGAAGCGUGGGAUUACAGAGGUCGUCCUGCUCGGAUCAUCGACCGGAUGUCAAGAUGCAGUCCACUAUCUUAAGGUUGGCAAGCUCGCUGAUAUUGUACAUGGAAUCGUUCUCCAAGCGCCUGUGAGUGAUCGUGAAGCUCUGUCUGUCGAAACUUCUGGAAACCAAGUUGAAGCCCUGCGUGAGUUUGCACAGACAGCAAGCAAGAUGAUAGCUGAAGGACGAGGAGAGGAGCCAUUGCCUCGCGCAGCGUGUCAGCUGUUUGGUCCUCCAGAUGUGAUUACGGCUUAUCGUUUCGACUCAUUGACAAGACGGCUGGCAGAUGACGACAUGUUCUCUUCCGAUCUGUCGGCAGAUGAGAUGAAACAGAAGCUUGGUCAUGUGCACACGCCUGCUUUGUUGAUAGCUUCCGCGGAUGACGAAUAUGUGCCAAAGACUGUCGACGUGUCACGGUUGUGCCAUCGCAUGGCCGAUGCGAUGGCUGCGGGUGUAGCACGAACUGCAGAGUGCUUGGUCUUGCAGCAGGGUGGCCAUGGGGUGCGCGGGCAGGAUGCACAAGCGCGUUUCGUAGAUGCAGUUGCAAGAUUUGUUGCCAGACUCAGUGUGCACGAGCAUCACGAGCUUCCGGACAGCUUACGUCUUUCUCGAUUGACAUGGGAAGUCUCUUUAGCAAACACUCUUCGUGGCAGAGCAGCAUCCUUGCCUUCCGGGGAGCCGCUUCUGGUGGCGCUCGCGGGGAUGCCAGGAUCGGGAAAGAGCAGGAUCUCACAAAUCUUGUUGCGCCUGUUGCAGCCGGAUUGUCUUGUGGUACAGAUGGAUGGAUAUCAUACUAAGCUGUCCGAUCUACAGUCAAGACCAGACGCCGUAGAUGCAGUGUACAGGCGAGGCGCUCCAGACACAUUUGAGGUAUCGUCUCUGAAAGAAGCGCUGAAGAGGGUCAAAGCUGGAGAAUCAAGCGUGAAGUUCCCCGCGUUUGACCAUGCACGUGGUGAUCCAGUGGAAGAUGCAGUUUGCUUUGACCGCCGUGUCCAUCGGAUAGUUCUUGUGGAGGGGUUGUAUCUGCUCCACCGGAACGAUGGGUGGCAAGAAAUACCAGAUCUCUUCGACUUCAAGGUUUACCUUGAUGCGGAUCUUGAGGAGUGCAUCGGCCGAGUGAAGGAGCGCAACAAAGUUAUUCCAGGCUACACCCCACAGGAAAUAGACAAGCGUUGCGAGGAGGUGGACAGACGAAAUGCAGAGGUUGUUCAGCUGACGCAGGGAGAGGCAGAUCUUCAUGCAGGCAGGCGUUUUGAGGCUAGGUGUGAGGUCAAGUUUGCUUCUCGUUUGCCCACGAAGCUGCGCAGUCAUCUUGCUGCUGCUGGCGGGCAUUGCUUGCGGGAGCAUGUUCCUGCCUUCAUCGGGGACCACUCAUGCAGCAUCGGUGACACUGCUGUCCCGUUGGUGCGGCAGUUCAUCAAGUCCCGAUACAAAGACUACGGGAAGGGCACUGUAACCCUACGUCAUUUGAAGGAGCACAUCGUGGCAAACACCAACAUCGGCCUGACAUACGAGGACUUGAGGGAUGAUCGCUACUCCUCCGUGAUCGAGGAUGAAGUUGAUGCGAUUGUAGCAAGAUGCGACGGGGGCAAGAAGCCCGUCGCGUGUCUGGACACGGCUAAGCCAUCGAUCGAGCUGUGA